ACCUUAUUCUUAAUCAUUGAAAUGAAAAACCCAAAAUGAAAGCCACUCUUUAGAGUGAGAGAAGUCAUAAGUAGAAAGUCAAAACCCUCGAAACUCUUUGAAGAAACGAAAACCCUUCAUCAAAUCCCUCUCUCCUUCUUCAAAACUACCCUCAUUCGGUAAAUUUUUCAUUUUUCUGCAUCUCAAUUCUCAAUCACACACCUAGCUUUUCAAUUUCCCUCUCAAAAUGCUUCUCUAACAACCCAUUAACGUGAUUCAUUUCAUCCCCAUUUCAGGUUUUUUUUCAAUCACCAUGGAUUUCAAAGGUAAAAACCUCUGUUACAGGAGAAAAUCCCUCACAAUCAAACCACCAAAAAUCAUUGUAAGUGACAGAAAAUUCCUCAUUGAUUUCAUCAUCACAACCUACCUAGGACCUGAUGUUAAGUCUGAUAAUCCUAAAUGUUCAUCACUCCAAAGACUAUUCUCAGGUUUACCACCUUAUAGUUCCAAUGAUUUGGGUUCUUCUUUUGUUGCAAUUCCUCUCUUAGAGAAAUUGUAUUACUAUCUCCUUAGAAACACUCUUCCUGAACUUGUAUUAGAUGUUGAUAUGUUUCAUUUGUAUUUAAAGGGGAAAUUGGACUUGCCCAAUUCUGAAUUUUCAGAGGGUUGUCAACAAUUCACAAAUAUUUUCCCUUUGAAUCUUCAUCCACAGAUUUGGUUUCCGGAUAGUUUUAGGGUUGUUAAAGGGGUUGUUUUGAUUGAUGAUCCGCUUGUUUCGUUGUGUGUUAAAGACGAGGAUUUGGAUAGGUUUAGGUCGUUGACCGGUGUUAGUACUUUUAAGCUGGAUUUAAGUGAGUGUCUUCGUGUUCCGAUUCACCCUCGGUUGAGCAAAGAAAGUGAUAAUGAUAAUGAUAAUGAUAAUGAUAGUGGAUGUGUUAACAAUGAGGGGUCGCAGUCGGAGAAGUUUCAACCGGAGUGUACGAGAAAGUAUUCUAGUGAGGAUACUCCUUCAAUGUCGGAGUGUACGAGGAAGUAUGCUAGUGAGGAUACUCCUUCAAUGUCGGAGUUUCCGAAUAAUGCUAGUGGUGAUCCUUCUUACAAUAAGAUGUGUGAUUCUGAUGGGCCUUCGAUGAUGCCGCUUAUCUCGUUACCUCAUGUUGAUGACUGUGUGCGAGAUUGUUCUGUUGUUUUAACAGGGACAGCGAACAGAGGGAUACUUGGUCCGUCCAUUGGUGUUUUGGAUAUUGGUAUUAGUAAAGCGGCUUAUCUAUUUCGAGUUUCCUUACCGGGUGUCAAAAGAGAGUACAAUCAGUUUAGUUGUGAUAUUGAAUCGGAUGGAAAGGUUGAGAUCAGAGGGAUGUUAUCUGGUGGAAGAACUAUAGAGAAACAGUCACGUAUUUUCCAGAUGAAAACCCAGCAGUUAUGCUCUCCUGGACCAUUUACAGUUUCAUUCAAUCUUCCGGGACCUGUUGAUCCAAGACUCUUUGCACCUAACUUUAGGACUGAUGGAAUUUUUGAAGGAGUUGUAAUCAAGCUCUAGUUCCGAAGGUGCGAUGGACAAAGUUUUGUUUCUUUUUUGCUGUAUUGCUCUAGAUGUUAUUAUGUAUCUAAGUUAACAUAGAACUAGUUUUGUUUUCCUAUUGAGGAAAUAUAGUGAUCUAGAUUAGUCUGCUAAUGCAAAUAGUUUUGCAUGUCUGUGCUGUAAAGCAUCACUUUUCUUUAAUUCAGGAACUUCAUAUUUUUGGUCAGUGCAUAGUUCAGCUUGACUAGCUCUAAACUAAUUAUGCAUGUUUAAGAAAAAAUUGCUUUUAGCUUAGAACUUGAGUAUUUUUCCUGAUGAGGCUCUCUUUAGAGACGAAGGUGAAACCGAGUUUCUCACAGACUCUGAGAUUAACAAGGGCAUUUUAGUUGGCAAUAGGUCAAUAAGCUAUUGUUGCCGUCAUUUGCAGUGCAGCUGCUUCCUGUUUUUUUUUUUUUUUUAUACUCUUUAAUUGAUUACAUUGUGCUUUGUUGGCAAGAAACAAUGGUGAGAACAAGGGCAUCAACAAUGAGAGAGGUGCACCAUAGUAUUGUAACAUUCAAAGUAAUCGAAGGGGUGAAAUUUAUGGUGAAUACUGGACUUCAUGUAAUUGUGGUAAAAAAUUAGCUAUUGCCAUUGUUGAAAUACAAUUUCAAAGAGGAGCAACUUUCUCCACCUGUGUAUUUCUAAAAAAACAUGUUUUUGAUAGUGUACUUUCAGAUUAUAUAGUUUUGUUGAAUACACUUUUGUUGUGUAAAAGUUGAUAUUCAUCCAAAUUAUACAUUGAGUAGUUGAAAAAAAAAAGAAAGUGAAAUGUUAUUAUAAAUAUGAAGAAUUAAUUUGAGUUUUUAUGUAACAACUAGUUUUUAAGGUGUAUUGGAGUUCGAAUAGUUGUGCAUCAUAUUAGGAUUUGCAGAUUUCUCCAUCUGAGGACUUGUAAUUUUCACUUCAUAAAAAUUUCAGGUUGAUUUAUUGAGGACUUAUGAUUUCACUUCAUAAAAAUUUCAGGUUGAUUUAUUGAAAGAUUUUAGAUAUAUUAUGUAUGAAAUGUCGAACCAAGUUAAAUUUGUGAGUUGUAUUUUUGUUUUAAUUUAUGGGUGUGCUUCUACUUGCGUUGAGAUUUCAUCUUAUUUCUUUUCUAAUAGUUUUGGCCAGCAUUUUUUCCUAGAUGUGUGCAUUAGAAGCGAUACAAAGACAUUGAAAUAGGGAAUUUCAUCUUAUUUCUUUUCUAAUAGUUUUGGCCAGCAUUUUUUCCUAGAUGUGUGCAUUAGAAGCGAUACAAAGACAUUGAAAUAGGGAAAUAGGGAUGGCAAGCAGAUUUAAACCUGCGGGGUCAUCCGUACCCGAAUUCGAGUCAACGGGUGAAAAUUCGAGUUGAUUGGGUUCGGAUUCGGGUGUCAUCC